CGACUGUCAUCCGCCAGGAAAGGUGGGGAAGGGUCCCUGGAAUGCUGUGGGACGGGGUUCCCGGUGGUAGGACUCUGAGCCACCCUGGGUGGAGGCCCAACCCGCUCCUCCCCGGAGUUCCACGCUGAGCCUGCGGCGCGGAGGUCCUGACAGCUCCGGUUUCCGCAAGCUGGACCUCCCGGGCCCAGGGCUUAUUCCAUUUGAAAGACCGGAAAACCUUGAAUGAGUCCUUUAAGAAAGGAAAGGCUAGCAGCUGCUGCUAGAUCCUGCCCUGCGACUAUAUAAGACCAACCCUGCUAGUUCCUGCAACUUCCUUUCUCCUUGUCUUCCACUGGCUGCCUCCUGGUCCUUUCUCCGUUGUGGCUCCUGAAUUUCCUCUCUGGAGUGUUGCGGGUCCUCCUGUUGUCUGGUGCCACUUGCUGGCCUCGGGAGGGGAUUCCCUUCUCCAAUGCUAAUUACCUCUCCCUAGAGGGGCAGAGAUGCCCUGACCAUCUUGUUUCAUGUAACUCCUGUAAACUGCACCUGAUUUACCAGUUGAGAGACUUGGAGAAGUGUUAGAUUUGCAAAAGGCUGGGUGAGACUUGCCGGGUGUCUGCAUCUCUAGCAGUCCCCAGCAUUUACUACGAAUGACAGUGCUUUAGGGGGGCCGCUUCAUGGAGGAAAUGAGACCCACAGGUUGAAGAGACCUAAAGAUAGACGUGGCCUAGAGAUAACCAUCACUGAGGGAGAGGACACUUUUUGAUCUGAUGUCGGACUACUGUGAUGUCAGUCUUCCUCCUGAAGAGAGAGUAAGGGUACUUACUCACAUCGGCAGUGCCGUGGAUGUGAACGACGAUUUCCCUCCUCGCCGAUACUUCAGAUCAGGAGUUGAAAUCCUCAGAAUGGCGACAAUAUAUUAUGAGGAGGGGAAUAUGGAACAUGCUUUCAUACUUUAUAACAAGUAUAUUACGCUUUUCAUUGAAAAGCUUCCAAAGCAUCGCAAAUACAAAACCUGUGUCAUCCCAGAGAGAAAGGCUACAAUUAAGAAGCUCAAAGAAGUUGCCUUCCCGAAAGCUGAACACUUAAAGACAGAAUUAUUGAAAAAAUACUCAAAGGAGUAUGAAGAAUAUAAACAAAAGAAGAUUCAGGAGGAGGGAUUAGCUGGUAAUACACUCACUGAAGAACUGAAAAAGUUGCAUAGAGUUGCUGGAAACAGUCAACAACAGGAAGAAGAGCUGGAAAAAGCCCAACACAAAAUUUCCCGACAAUUUGAACGUGUGGACCCCAGCCCAGAUACUAGGGAUGAACUCCGCCAGGUGGUGAUUCCUCUUAAUCUCUGUGCUGAAUUUCUCCAGAUAGCAAGUGCCAACACUGCUUGUGGAAUUGAAACAUGUGGUGUGCUCUGCGGGAACUUGGUAAAGAAUGUGUUCACCAUCUCCCACGUGAUUAUACCAAGGCAAAAGGCUGGCCCUGACUACUGCUAUACUGAAAAUGAGGAAGAACUCUUCUUCAUGCAAGAUGAAUUUGGCCUAUUAACACUGGGCUGGAUACAUACACAUCCAACGCAGACUGCGUUUCUGUCAAGCAUUGAUCUCCACACUCAUUAUUCUUAUCAGGUGAUCCUGCCAGAAUCUAUUGCAAUCGUCUGUUCACCUCAGUUUCAUGAGACUGGGGUGUUCCAGUUAACAGACCGUGGACUACAGGAAAUCUCUAACUGCCGACAAAAAGGAUUCCACCCUCAUUCACAAGAGAGUCCUCUGUUCUGUGAUUGCCGUCAUGUGAGUCUGAAGGACACAGUCAUUACAAUAACAGAUCUUCGAUAAGUGUCUCAUCCCCUCCUUCAAGCUCAAACCUAACACAUCAUUGCCCUUGAAUCUCAGUGUUUGAAGAAGACUGAAUAGAAGGCAGGCACCAACAAGGGAAGAACAUUUUUCAAAGUUUUCACUUGAAAACAAACAACUGGAUGAAGUUUCAGGUACAUUAGGAAAAAAAAAAGGGCAACUAAACCAUUGGAUUGCAGGACAGAGCACCUCUCUACCCUUCUUCCUAAAUUUAAUUGUCACCCUUUCCUCCCUCUUCUAACCUGUCACCUUGUUAAUUAUCUGCAGGGAGGCUCAAAACCCCUGGGGAAAAAAAAUGUUUGAAAGUUAUUUAAUACAUAUUUAAGAUAUUUUUUCUUCUACAAUAAAAGUGAACUUUCUUUGUUCUACA